UUGUGACCUACGUCAGUCACGAUAAGCAGGGAAACACACACGUACCUGUAUCUUCAGCCAUGGCAGCUGUUGUUACUGUAACAGUGACUCAGGUCAUUCUCAUGCUUUGUGUGGGCCAGAGCAAAGCCGCUUCAUCCCUGUAUUGCCGGAGCUGCGUGGAUGUCGUCAACCCUGCGUCCUGCACAAACAUACGCUCAUGUAAAGAAAAUCAAAUGUGUUCCACGAGGGAAAUGAGGAGUCUCAACGGGGACGUCGUCUACACGCUGGGAUGCGACAACAGCACCGUAUGCAGUUCGAGUUUGGCGGGUCCUGUCAUCGGACGGCGUGCAGCCUCUGGUUGUUUUCAAUGCUGCGGAACUAACGAAUGUAAUGCUGGACUGUGUGCUCAUCAACCAUCGACAACACCACAUACUAGCCUUCCUGUUGGUGUCGUUGAUCACUGCAAGUCGGACCCUUGUAAGAACGGCGGAUCCUGCUAUGAGAGGGUGGAUGGUUUCGUGUGUGAGUGUACGGCCGGGUUCACUGGUCUUCACUGCGAUAUUACGGAUAUGUGUGCUUCGGAUCCCUGUCUUCAUGGAGGCAAAUGUCUCGAUACUAAAACAAGUUACGUCUGUGACUGCACCGGUACUGGUUACGAUGGCUUCACGUGUCACCUGCCCUACAACGACUGUCAAUCACAACCCUGUCUCCACGGCGCCACGUGUGUUGAUGGGUUUAAGAACUGGACCUGCACAUGUGUUCCUGGGUUCGCCGGAAAUAACUGCGAAGUAGAGCUCAGCGCAUGCGUGUCCAACCCGUGUCUUCAUGGAGGCACGUGCGUCGACACACCUGCUGGGUCAAAUCCUGGUCAACUAAGUCCAGGUUUCCACUGUCUGUGUGUUGAGGGUAUCGCAGGUGAUCGGUGUGAGCAGAACUACAACGACUGCUGGGUGAAGCCUUGUAAACACGGCACCUGCGUGGACGGCAUAAAUUCCUACACUUGCGACUGCACGGGUAGUGGCUACUCCGGAGUACUAUGUGAACACAAGCUCACCAACCAGUGCUUGAAACAUCCUUGCCAAAAUGGGGGCACAUGUGUUCAAGAUGGCGACGACUACCACUGUGAAUGUCUUGCCUUUAAAGAGGGAUUAAUAACUCACGGAGGAAAGAAUUGUUCUGUGCUGUUGCGGGGUUGUGAAGAUGUUCAUGCGUGUCAAAACGAGGCCGUGUGUGUUCCUGUUCUUCUGGAUGAGGCUAAAAAUCUCCAUGGCUAUACAUGUUCUUGUGCCCAUGGCUACAUUGGCAAGGUCUGUGACACAACUACGAUGAUGACGUUGUCGACGUCAAGCUUCAUCAGGAAGACCUACACUUCCGGGUUCAACCUCACAAUGAGGUUCAGGACAGCACAGUCUAAUGCGAUUUUGCUUUACAAUCGGGUUGGAAACGCAUUCGUCAGCGUUGAGAUCGCAAAUGGCUCUCUAUAUCUGGUAUCAGGCGAUUCUGCCGGCUACAAUGACACCCAGGAAGCUCUGACAUCACUUCCGCUUAGUGACUCGCACUGGCACAGCCUCAGUUUGGUGUACAACGGUAACACCACCCUAUCCCUGAUGGACCCUCUAUGUAACACGACUGAAGAUUGCAUCUUAUCCUCUCCCGGUCCCACUUCCGCUAGUUCACUAAGAGAGAAUUUCAUUGGUCAGGUUCCUGUGACUCCAUGGAAACAGGGUACAUUGUCCAAACUCGAUUUUGAUGGGUGCGUGGAAGAUGUCUUUUUCAACACUGAUGUACUCAUUCCUGUUAAUUAUGGUGUGGCCGAGUUCCAUGGCAUCAGCAUGGACUGUCCAGCAUGCCUGAGUGGUACGUGUAAAGGCUUUGCCCAGUGCCAGCCUCGUGGAGCUAGAGGCUUUCGGUGCGUCUGUACCUCGGGAACUAACAACGGUGAAUGUCUCAGUGAUAACGGAGUGACGUGUAAUUUUGACGCUGGUAUGUGUGGAUGGGUCCAGUCAACUCAGGAUCAAUUUGACUGGACCAGCAACAAAGGAACGACGAGUUCUUCUGACACCGGACCAUCGGGUGAUCACACAUCGGGAUCAGGAUCAUAUAUGUACACUGAAGCAUCCAGUCCGAGAUCCCAAGGUGACACUGCUUCACUCAUCUCUCCACAAUUCGACGUCAACAGCGACAUGUGUUUCCGGUUCUACGCGAACAUGAACGGGAACUCGAUGGGCUCAUUGCAGGUUUUUGAAGAGUACAGUGGCACGAAGACCACUAUCUUCUCGCAAAGUGGACACAAGGGUGCAAGCUGGUUCCCUGUUGCUCUCACCCUGCCGCAACAUAACAGCGUGCGUAUUGAAAUCAAGGGCACCGUCGGCAGUGGCUACUACAGCGAUAUGGCCAUCGACGACGUCGACCUCCAUAUGGGCACUUGCCCUUAAAACUCAGUACAGUUACAGCGUAUUAUCUCAAAGUCGACAUUUUCGAUUAUAUCGAAAUUGCAGUGGUUUGGCCUUUAAGUCAUGUGCCUUCAUGUGUGCAAAUCUUACUAUACGCAGACAAGUGAAUAAAUACAAUUUGGAGCAAGGAA